AUGAAAAACCUUCAUCAAAAUACAACUUAAACCAACACCUUAAUAGAUCAACCUACCAAUCCCUAAAUAUUCAUUUAAAAUACCCUCUCUAAUGCACCCAAUCAAUUUACAUUUUCAACUAAUUAAAGUCAAUCACAUCAAAUCUUUCUUAAAAAACAACCAUAAAUACUCUACUCAUCAAAACCAAUCAAUAGAAAAACUAAAAUUUUCAAUCUCAAUGAAGAUUAAAAAAUUUUAAGACUUGUUCUUCUUAUUGGACCAAAAUUUAAGAAAAUUGCAAAAUAAAUACCUGGAAAAUCCAUAAAUAAUAUCAAAAAUAGAUAUUAUAGAAAUCUCAGAUACAGAUGGGAUGAAAUCUUAGGAAAGUAAAUGAAUUAUUCUAAUUUUAGUCAAUAUACUCAUCUUAAUUAAUAAUAAGAAAAACCAACUUUAGUGAGUUUAGUCACCAAUUCAUAAUUACAUCAAGAAUUUACUAAUAUUUUAAUCCCAAUGUUUUCUAAAAUUCAAAAGGUUAUAGAUAAAUGUUUGCUUUGA